UGACGUCGAUCAACACUGCUGUUGUAGCCACAGUUAUUAGCUGCGGAGUUAAUGCAGGCAUUGGGUGAAGGUCUAACAUUGGAUGUGGACAGAAUUAUGCUCCUGCAAGUUAUUGCAGAAGAGGGCCAUGUGGCAAGAUUCUUUGAAGACACAAAUUUAAGACGCAAGCUCAGUGCUCUUCAGUCUGCACCCCAGCUCAAAGAUGACGCUUUGGCAAAGUCUCAACGUGAGAGCGGGAACAAAAGCUUCCGCGCCGGCCGCUUCUGCGAGGCGCUGCGUCAGUACGGGGAGUGUGUGAUGGGAGCUGCCAGUGCGGAGACGCUGAGCUGCGGCUUUGCAAACAGAUCGGCCGCGCUCUUCCACCUGGAGCAGUUUGAGGACAGCCUGCGUGACAUGGAGAGCGCGUUAGCGGCCGGCUACGCGUCUGAGCGGCACCACAAGCUGCACGUGCGCCGCGCGCGCUGCCACCUGGCUCUGGGCCGGCCUGACAGCGCCCGCUCGGCGCUGGUGCAGUACAGGGCAGCCGUCCACGAUCUGCACCUGGGAGACACUGGAAGAUUCUGA